AUGGGCGUUCAAGCUUACCUGGAUAUUUCGUAUCUUCCAUCCUCCGAGGCCCCAAACCCUCUCCAAGCCUACAACGUCUUCGUUCCCCAGAACGAUCCUGCAUCAUCGACUCUACCGCCUCUUAUCUGCUUCGUACACGGCGGUGCAUGGCGGUCCGAGGACAAAGCAGAGCAUGGAGAGCUCGCCCGUAGCCUGGUAAAGGCCACCGGGUUUGCCGUUGCCGUCCCCAACUAUCGUCUCACGACAGCCGACACGCCACUUGAGCAUCCGGCCCACUGCGAGGACAUCGUCCAAUUCCUCCAUCACAUCCGUAGUUGGGCGCCGCCGAAUACUUCGCCGGUAUAUGACUCCGGCAAAUUAUUCUUGAUGGGGCAUAGUUGUAGCGCGCAUAUGCUCGCUUCGAUCCUCUUCGACUCACCAUACCCGUCUCUGCUUCUGCCCGCCGACAUCAUACAAUCAGUACAAGGCGUCGUCUUCUCCGAAGGCAUUUACGACAUCGACUUACUCCUCACCUCGUUCCCGAACUACCGAAGCUGGUUCAUCGCCGCUGCUUUUGGCUCGCGCUCCUCAUAUCGCGAUGUCUCCGUGAACAAAUACACGUAUCCUGAAGCGCUAGCGCACGUCCGCUGGCUCAUUGUGCACUCGACUGGAGACACCCUCGUCGACACUUUACAGAGCUCGACCAUGCUCGAGCGGCUGCAAAGCCUCGAACCACCCGCGGAUGUGACGAGUAGUUUGGACGACCUAGACGCGGAGCAUAACGACGUGCUGAAGGAGCACUUGUUCAUUAGCAAGGUCGCGCAGUUCAUGAAACGAUGA